GUCGGCACAUCCCGUCGAAAGGGGGAAGAAAAGCGCGCCGCGCGCGAUCGUGACGAGCAUUCAAAAGCGACCGCUCUGACUCGAAGCCAGCCGACGAUCCACUCCUGGCAGCCAUGGCAGCAGCACCGUUUUUCGUCGUCUUCGUCUGCUUUGCCCUGCUACGAGCAUCCAGCCAGGCCAACGACUGCGUUUCCAGGGGCCACGGCUGUCUUCCGCAGUCCGACUGUCCGCAGGAAGCUCGCCUUAGCUACGAAGGCUGCUCGACCGUCUGCUGUGACUUGUCGAAACUAACCGGCUGCAAGGGCAAGGGAGGCGAGUGCAACCCGCUCAACCGGGAUUGCAAAGAGCUGGAAGGAGAAAGCGCAUCCUGCCCCAAGGACCAGAAAUGCUGCGUAUGGCUCAACUAACGGAAGCUCGUCCCGUACGGCACCCAGCUAUUAGUGCUCUUGGGUUGCUAGGGACGCAGCCUACGACGUCGUCGUUAUGCUCAUUCGAACGCAAAACACUUAAAACGAGUUACGAAUAAAGGUGACGAAUAAA